CUCCCGACUCCCGUGAGGCCGUGACCCGUCCUCCUCCUGUCCAGUCUCGCAGCAGCCGCGGGGGGCGCAGCCGCGCAGGCAGUUCGUCGCCCGGUGUUCCCCUCGUUUCCCGUCCAGGUCCAGCGGCCGUCCUCUCCUCCGUGCCAGCCCUCGGAGCCUCGCCAGUUAUGUGAAAUUUUGUUCUGUUUUUCAGAUUUGUAAAUUUCGGAGAAGGUUGGCCAUCUUGCUCUUUUGCAUACUAAAAGAUAGGCGCGCCUCUGAAUCCGGAGUUGCCCAUUCACUUGAGGUGCCCGACCAGAAGACACCAUCAUGCAGGCUAGCGACAGAUUCAACAUAAACUCUCAGCUUGAGCAUCUUCAAGCCAAAUAUGUUGGUACAGGGCAUGCUGAUUUGUCCAGAUUUGAAUGGGCUGUAAACAUCCAGAGAGACAGCUAUGCCUCUUAUAUUGGGCACUAUCCAAUGCUAGCAUAUUUUGCCAUUGCUGAGAAUGAAUCGAUUGGAAGAGAACGUUACAAUUUCAUGCAGAAAAUGCUGCUUCCUUGUGGCCUCCCUCCUGAGAGAGACGAAGAUUGAGGGACUGGCGCAUAGCUUCAGUGUUUCCAAUGGUGUUGCUUUUGAAGGACCAUACUAAGAUUAGCCACCGUGGUACUAUGUGCGACUUGUGUUAUAUCUCGUAUGCCUUUGACUUUGGUCUCUAUUAUGAUACAUAAAUAUUCGGAACUUGUAUGCAUUCUAUCAGUGUACUAAUGUUAACGAAAUGCUGGUUCCGCCCCUUUGUCAUGUCUCUGUGGUGCGUUCUAUCUUCGUGAAAGAAAAUCUAGUUGAAGAGAUC